UAUCGCAAAGCAAAUCCUUUCCGCGGAAACUAGUCAUGUCAAAUUUUAGAACAUAUUCUACAUAGACUCACAAUAUUAUAAACAAAGUUAUCAAGAAAAGCGACCUUGAAUAAACAACAGUAUUUUAUUUUACGAAGAAAUUGAAGAUAAAGAGAAGAGGUGACAAUGCCGGGGUGGUUCUGGGACAGAUACACGUUUGUUUCUCCAACAAGACUGAGCUUUAUAGAUUUCUAUACACUGGGUAAUUCGAGAUGUGCAGACAUGGAGAUAGAGUGGCUUAAAUGUGCCGAUCGAGUUGGUUUGGCGAAUUCUAAAGAGUUGUGCCCAAAAAGUUUUGAUGAUUAUAAAGAAUGUAUAUCUCGGCUAAAGAGCGAAAAUAGAUUCCAGGCUAUCAGAGAAGAGCUGGUUAGACAGAAAAGAAAACCUAUCGAUGUAGCUGAUGAUAUGAAAGUUUAAUUUCUUCCAAAUCAUUGGACAUAUUUUUUGUUUACAUAUUUAAUGACACGUUUUGUGUAAUUUGACCUAGAAAUGAAAA